GCCGCAGCUCCAGCAGGGAAGGCGGCGCACGUGCGGGAGCGAGAUGCCCAAGUCCAAGCGGGACAAGAAGGUUUCUUUGACCAAGACCCCCAAGAAAGGUUUAGAAUUUAAGCAGAACUUGAUAGGAGAGCUCCGGAAAUCUGUGGACAUCUACAAAUAUGUCUAUAUUUUCUCCAUUGCCAAUGUCAGAAACAACAGACUGAAAGAUAUCCGCAAUGCCUGGAAGCACAGCAGAAUCUUCUUUGGGAAGAACAAAGUGAUGAUGGUAGCCCUGGGACGGAGCCCGGCUGACGAAUACAAAGAGAACUUGCACCAGGUCAGCAAACAUCUGCGGGGAGAGGUUGGCCUUCUCUUCUCCAAUCGCACCAAAGCUGAAGUCCUUGACUGGUUUGCAGAGUUUAAAGAGGUGGACUUUGCCCGGUCAGGGAACAAGGCAACUUUCACCGUCGGCCUGGAUCAGGGACCGCUGGAGCAGUUUCCCCACUCCAUGGAGCCUCAGUUGCGGCAGCUGGGAUUGCCCACCGCCCUGAAAAAAGGCGUGGUGACACUGAUUUCCGACUAUGAGGUCUGCAAAGAGGGAGAUGUCCUGACCCCCGAACAGGCACGCAUCCUGAAACUCUUCGGCUACAAAAUGGCGGAGUUCAAGGUGACCAUCAGGAGCGUAUGGUGUGCCGAGACGGGAGACUUCGAACAGCUCACAGGAGACGUGGCAGAACAACCGGAAGAGGAGGAGGAGGAGGAGGAGGGUGAUGUGGACUUGGCAGAAGAGAGCAACGGGGAGACGGAGGACUGACCAACCGCCGCAAAAGGGACCUUUGGGAGUUCUUUUUCCGCUGGGAUACAGGACUGAGCUGAUCCGCUAAAGACUUUAUUUAUCAGAAGACAGACGCUUUUUAUAAAAGUGUGAA